AUGCUGAGAGCUGUCCUCCAUAUUACAGACUAUGUGGGAGACAUGCUGAGAGCUACCCUACAUAUUGGAGACUAUGUGGGAGACAUGCUGAGAGCUGUCCUCCAUAUUACAGACUAUGUGGGAGACAUGCUGAGAGCUGUCCUCCAUAUUACAGACUAUGUGGGAGACAUGCUGAGAGCUGUCCUCCAUAUUACAGACUAUGUGGGAGACAUGCUGAGAGCUGCCCUCCAUAUUGGAGACUAUGUGGGAGACAUGCUGAGAGCUGCCCUCCAUAUUGGAGACUAUGUGGGAGACAUGCUGAGAGCUACCCUACAUAUUGGAGACUAUGUGGGAGACAUGCUGAGAGCUGUCCUCCAUAUUACAGACUAUGUGGGAGACAUGCUGAGAGCUACCCUACAUAUUGGAGACUAUGUGGGAGACAUGCUGAGAGCUGUCCUCCAUAUUACAGACUAUGUGGGAGACAUGCUGAGAGCUGUCCUCCAUAUUACAGACUAUGUGGGAGACAUGCUGAGAGCUGCCCUCCAUAUUGGAGACUAUGUGGGAGACAUGCUGAGAGCUGUCCUCCAUAUUGGAGACUAUGUGGGAGACAUGCUGAGAGCUGCCCUCCAUAUUGGAGACUAUGUGGGAGACAUGCUGAGAGCUACCCUACAUAUUGGAGACUAUGUGGGAGACAUGCUGAGAGCUGUCCUCCAUAUUACAGACUAUGUGGGAGACAUGCUGAGAGCUGUCCUCCAUAUUGGAGACUAUGUGGGAGACAUGCUGAGAGCUGUCCUCCAUAUUACAGACUAUGUGGGAGACAUGCUGAGAGCUGCCCUCCAUAUUGGAGACUAUGUGGGAGACAUGCUGAGAGCUGCCCUCCAUAUUGGAGACUAUGUGGGAGACAUGCUGAGAGCUACCCUACAUAUUGGAGACUAUGUGGGAGACAUGCUGAGAGCUGUCCUCCAUAUUACAGACUAUGUGGGAGACAUGCUGAGAGCUACCCUACAUAUUGGAGACUAUGUGGGAGACAUGCUGAGAGCUGUCCUCCAUAUUACAGACUAUGUGGGAGACAUGCUGAGAGCUGUCCUCCAUAUUACAGACUAUGUGGGAGACAUGCUGAGAGCUACCCUACAUAUUGGAGACUAUGUGGGAGACAUGCUGAGAGCUGCCCUCCAUAUUGGAGACUAUGUGGGAGACAUGCUGAGAGCUGUCCUCCAUAUUGGAGACUAUGUGGGAGACAUGCUGAGAGCUGCCCUCCAUAUUGGAGACUAUGUGGGAGACAUGCUGAGAGAUACCCUACAUAUUGGAGACUAUGUGGGAGACAUGCUGAGAGCUGUCCUCCAUAUUACAGACUAUGUGGGAGACAUGCUGAGAGCUGUCCUCCAUAUUACAGACUAUGUGGGAGACAUGCUGAGAGCUGUCCUCCAUAUUGGAGACUAUACUGUGGGAGACAUGCUGAGAGCUGUCCUCCAUAUUGGAGACUAUGUGGGAGACAUCCUGAGAGCUGUCCUCCAUAUUGGAGACUAUGUGGGAGACAUGCUGAGAGCUGUCCUCCAUAUUACAGACUAUGUGGGAGACAUCCUGAGAGCUGCUCUGUAG